ACUGAGAAUCUUCCAUAAUUGCAGAGCAAAACAAUCGUUUCAUUUCUCAAAUUUCUGCUACCAAAAAUGGAAUCUGAAGAAGAUGAAAGCACCCAUCAAAACUCAAAACGGAGCAAACCCAUUAACCAGUCUCAAUUUCCAUCAACUUCGAUGCAAGAUUCAACCUUUACAACCCCCAAUUUACCCGAAGAACUCAUCACUGAAAUCCUCAAAAGGGUUCCAGUGAAAUCCCUUUUGCAGUUCAGGUGUGUUUCGAAGUCUUGGCUUGGUAUAAUCUCUAGCUCAGAUUUUGUUAAAACCCAUCUUAGUUUGUCUGCUAAUGACAAGGAAUACAAACACCAUAGGCUUAUGUUGAGUUUUGUUCAACCUGAAUACAAUCUUAAGGAUUGUUCUCUUGGUUCUUUGUUAUAUGGGUCUGUUACUGAGGCGUUUGAUUUGGAUUACCCUAUGAAAAAUCCAGUUAAAUCUGUUUGGAUUGUGGGUUCUGUUAAUGGGUUGAUUUGUGUUGCUAUUGAGGAAAAUGAUUUGUUUAUAUGGAACCCGUCGAUUAGGAAGUUCAAGAGAUUGCCGGAUUCUAGGCCGACAUUGAGGUGUGGUUACUAUUUUAUGUAUGGUUUUGGAUAUGACGAGGUUCAUGAUGAUUAUAAGGUAGUGGGUAUUUUCUGUAUUUUUGGUGCUGGUGGUUCGUAUGAUGUUGAGGUGAAGAUAUAUGGUUUAAAGAGUGAUUCUUGGAGAAACGUUGAUGAUUUUCAGGGUGGGGUGUUGUUGAAUGAUUCGGGUAAGUUUGUGAAGGGGAAGCUUCAUUGGGCUACUACUGCUCGUCUUGGUGAGUAUAAUGGCUGGGAUAUCAUUUCUAUUAAUUUGAAGGAUGAGAAAUGGGGAAAGAUAGAGCAGCCCUGCUAUGAAAAAGGGAAUUUUGAUUUUGUGUUGGGAGUGUUGGAAGAUAAUCUUUCUGUGCUUUGUAAUUAUAACAAAACUCGGGCAGACGUGUGGGUCAUGAAGGAUUACGGGGUUAAAGAUUCUUGGGAAAAAAUGUAUACCAUCAGUUGUCCUAAUGACCCUGGGAAGUAUAUGUUCUCUCCACCCCUUUGCAUGUCAAAAAAAGGUGAAAUUUUGCUCGUGUUUGGGUCAAUUUUCAUGAUAUACAAUCCCAGUGAUGAUUCGAUCAGAUAUCCGGAGGUGACCAACUUUGAUGCCUGUCUUGAGGCGGAAAUCUACACUGAAAGCCUAAUAUCUCCCAUUUUACAAAAUGAGCCAAUUCCACAACAACAAUGAAGGCUGCAAAAGCUCAGAUGAAUGACAAU